ACCCAACCCACUGUUUAAACUGUACUUUAUUAUUUUAUUGAACUUACAUAAUAUUUUUGCGCAAAAUUUAUUUAAUUUUUCAGUCUUAACAGAAAGUAGAUAACAAAAGAGUUAAUUUCUUAUUAUUCAUAAUUAUGAGUAUGGGACGAACGUUUCGUGCAAGGAAACGGAGGGACUUGUCUAAAAAAUCAAGUGAAACUCGCAAUUGUGAUAUUGAAGAACUGUGUCAAUGGAUGUCCCGUGAAAACUGGAAAAACACUAGCUCGCUUCGACCGUUUAAUUUUGCUGCAACAGGUCGAGGUCUGCAAGCUAUGCGUUCCAUAUCCAUUGGAGACGUCUUAGUCAGUAUUCCAAGUAACUUGGUUGUUACUUGCAAGAGAGCCCUCCACUUCACAGCGUUAUCAAAGCUUUUUGAAGACUUGACAAAUCCUCUUUAUCCAACGGCACAGCAAAUUCUCUCCGCUUUUCUGCUCUUAGAAAAGCGGAAUCAAGAUUCUCUCUGGAAAACGUACAUUCAGGGUUUGCCAAAGUCAUUUUCAACCCCACAUUUUGUGCUGGACUUAAACCGACUUCCUUGUUAUAUCAGGGAAAAAGUCAUUUCUGAAAUAGCUGCAUUGAGAAAAUCUCUCUGUUGGAUCAACGCUCAAAUGAAACGGAGCAAGUUGGAAGAAUUCUCCUGGAGCGAUUUCUUGUGGGCCUGGUUUGCUGUCAACACGAGAGCAGUCUACGUAGAACCGAGCCAGGACAAAAUAUGCAAGGACAAAGACAACAUAGCUUUGGCACCGUUCUUGGACCUGCUCAACCAUUCGCCCCACAUUGAACCUAACAAGGUUGGCUGGAAUGGCGAUUUUUACCAAAUCAAAGCUUCCGAGUCAUUUAAGAAGCAUGACCAGGUUUUCAUCAGCUACGGUGCGCAUGACAAUCUCACUCUCUGCCUGGAGUAUGGAUUCAUCGUGGCAAAGAACCCUCAUGAUCGUGUAAUAUUUAGCAGAGAAGAAAUUCUGAAAGUGCUGCAACCUGAUCGAAAAGUUGACGAGUGUGAUGGAAUCAUUUGGUGCACUAGAGAAGGACUGAAUUGGACAGGAUUAGUUUAUAUGGCAAAGUGCCUGAAAAUAAGUGCCAGCAAUUUUGCUGAGGAUGUUAUUUUGCGCGAAGCAGCAGAAAAAGUUAUCAGAAAUAAGAUUGAAACGCUUAAUUGUGAGGUUGCUAAAAUGGCUGGAACAUUAGAAGAUAGUUUAGCAGUUACGAAGGACCUAAUUCAGGAGCAUUUGGAUCUAUUAUCCGUUGCUUCAGAAAUACAUUGCAAUUUUACUAAUUUGUGAAAGUUUCACAAUAAAAAUAUUUUUUCCAGAA